AUGGAGGAGGUGUCAGAUUUCCAAGAUGCGGAGAAUGGUGAAGCCAAUAUACAUGAUCAUGCAGAGACAUGGAGAAAAGUUGUGGAGACCCCCGGCCAACCCGCACGCCACCUCGGGAUGACAAGAAGCCGAGCUUUCGAACUUCCACGCUCUCGUCACGAGCUCUCCGGACAUAACAGAACAAAUCGCAUAGGCAAACAAUCAAAAGCAAGACCGUUCUGCUUAUGUGAAAAGAAUAAUAUUCAAAUCUCACGUCGAGUAAAGCCCUCAUAA